AAAGUAUAAAAGCAGGGCUCUUUUUGGAACUUCACAAAAUCUUCCUCUGAGAUUCCGAAGGCAACAAUCUGAGAACCAAGGUUCAUCAUGGCAAUGCUGAAAAGUCUUCUACUUCUUUUCAUUGUGUUCUCCAUGGGGAAUGCAGAUGUUUAUGUAGUUGAAAAAUGCCCCUAUGGAUGGACAAAUUUUGGAGUCCGAUGCUUCAAGUUCUUCUCUCAGGCAGUUAACUGGAUCACAGCAGAGAAAAACUGCCAAAAGGAGGAUGCAAAUCUCGCGUCUGUGCAGAAUAAACUGGAGAAUGACUUUCUGAUUAGUCUGUUGCCUUCUUCUUCCACACUAUGUUGGAUUGGUGCUCAUGAUGGUGUACAAGAAAACUCGUGGCUGUGGAGUGAUGGAUCUCUCUAUGACUACACCAACUGGUGCGCUUGGGAACUGCCUAACAAUACUGGUUCAGUUGAGGACUGUGGAGAGAUCAACUGGACCUCUAACCGUUGCUGGAAUGACAGAGACUGUUCAAACUCAAUUGGCUAUGUUUGUGCUAAAGAUCUGUGAGAUCAUAUGCAGUCAUUCUGCUCCACAGUUAUUUUGAUUGUACUAAAUUUACAUUUUCCAAUCUUAUCUUUACAAAAUGUUCUGAACUUUAAUCUCUUCCUACUGACACAUUCCUCAAAUCAAUAAAAGCAUUAAA